AUGAAUGUAUCAGGUAAAUUGGUGUUCAAGUGGUGGAAUGGUACACUUGAACACAUCGAAACACCUUUAUAUACUGAGUUUAGAUCACUCGACUUGAAUAAUCAAAAUAUUGGAUAUUGCAUCGCAUCUGGACCGAGGAGAUCUUCCUCUGUUAUUCGAAUUGAUAUUCAGAGCAAAAAGUUUCAGGUCACAGUGAUAAGAGAAUCGAGAGAUGCGAAAGAAAUCGAUAAGCUUGACAUAUCGAUACCAACUCUCGUUAAAUUUCCUUCUGGCGACUGUACUGUCAGUGGAUGGUUCUACCCACCGUUUUCAAGUUCAUAUAAAGCUGCUGAAGGAACGUUACCUCCUGUGGUGCUGUUCGCACACGCUGGACCGACGGGUGCUGCCACAGAAUCAUUGAAUAUGAAGACACAGUAUUUCACAUCGAGAGGAUUCGCUGUUUUUGAUGUGAACUAUCGCGGUUCGACGGGAUUUGGCACUGAAUUCCGCAAUUCGUUGAGGAAAAAGUGGGGUUUAGUCGACCGAGAUGACAUGAUAAACGCAGCUCAGUAUUUGGUCGACAAUAGAUUUGUGAAUAAAGAUCGCAUUUGUAUGAUGGGAAGUAGUGCAAGCGGCUAUCUAUUACUUGCUACCAUCCAGAAUUCAUCGCUUAUCAAAGCUGCUUCUUCACUUUACGGUGUCUGCGAUCUGAUCGCUUUAACGAAGGAUACGCACAAAUUUGAACUCGGUUAUAACGAUCAGCUGAUUGGUAAGUAUCCAGAAGAGGAGCACAUAUACAAACAACGCUCACCGGUCAACAAAAUCGAUCAGAUAAACUGUCCGAUUGUAUUCUUUCAUGGUGACCGAGAUACGGUUGUACCCCUAUCGCAGUCGAUCACU